ACUGGCAUCCACAGCGUUGUGAAGCAGGUGCUCGAUGUGGCUGGGUAUUAUAACAUGGCAUCCGAAUGCUUGGAAUGCCAUAGAUGCCGCAGGAAAUUCAUAGCCUGGAGCCAGCUAUUUUUGGAGCAGCUGGACGUUGGACAUCGUUUGCAGUUCCCAGCCAUUCUGACGUACAAACAUGCCUGUGAUGUACGUGUCAUCUGGUUACUUCGGAACAGGGGGCUGGGAAACGGACCUUUCCAGCUUUGCAAAAUGUUAGCCGAACAGCAUCACGAGAUGUGGUUGCGAAAGUGCACACUCUACUUUAACGAUUGCAGCACUUUCGUGCACCUUUGGGGCGAGUCUUGAAGAUGGACUCGAUCAAGAAGGUAUAAGGGGAAAAAUUUAGUUUCCUCCUGUCUGCAAGAUUUGUAGAAGAGGAGAAUUUUAUUAUUUCUGUUAAGCUUCAGCUUUUUGUUAUGAUAAAAUAGCAGGUCUUGGUAACUUGAAGGUUUGAGGUUUUUUUGGUUUUUUGUUUCAGGUUGCACGGAAACUGGGCGGGCAGGCCAGCAGGAGUACUGAGUGGUGUACCAAUGUUGGCAAUGAAUACGGGCAGGUCCUCAUGAGUGUGCUGACGGCAAAGGAGGGUUGCGGUUUGGAUGCCACGACCAGAGGGCUGGUAUCCAGGUACUCUGCUGCUGGUGUUCCACCACCUGUUCUGUUGUAUGUUGACAGGGAUUGCUGUUCACAGACAAUGCGAGCCAUGUUUUUUCAGAGAGGAAGGAGCUCCACAAUCGGCUGGACGUGUGGCUUCGGGCUGCACUACGGAUUCUCACCACCUGUACAAAGUUUUCAUGGGGCGCUUGUUGCAGUGCAUCUUCCAGUGGGACAGGCGGGAUAUUUUCCUCCUGAAAGAUGCCAAACGACAAGAUCUCCUCAGUCUAGGGGUGGAGCAUCCGAGUGAGGAAGCCCUGAUCAAUCGCAUCUCGCGGUGCGACCUGGCUCGGCACUGUCAGCAUGCCACACAUCCCCCGCAGAACAUUGCAAUGCUCGUGCAGCAACUCCUGGAAGCGUAUGAUGGCAAUCAGGUCCGGGACACCCUGGGAGUUCCCUUGCUCAACUCUGAGCAUGCUUGGGACGAGUGGGAAAAGGCCAACGUACACGUUGCGUGUCUGCAGGAUCCACCAGGCAUGCAGCUGUACACAGAGUUGGGCACAAUGAGGAUGGUUGGUGUGGAGCUGAAAACCUACCGCUGUGCCAGAGGUUCCACAUCACUGGAAUCCUUCCAUCUGCACCUGACUUGCUUCAUUCCAGGUAUUGCAUCAGUCAUUGCAUUGUUUACUUUUGAUUGCAGCAUGGCAGGGUAUGACAAGGUGCACAAGCUGUCCACAUAUCUUGUCUCCGUAUGAGAUCAGGCAAUGCCUCUUUCCAACCAGCAAGCAGCUCUCAUUCAGUGUGGAAUGACCUGAGUGCUUUUGAUAAGAGGCCAACAACAUUCGCGCCUCGGCAUCAGGCAAUCACAAAGGGACGUUUCAAAUCUACCAAGAAGAGCUGCUGGUAACAAAGAGAUGCUUCCUUGGGGAGAAUGCUGAACCUGCCCAAUGGCCUAGUGCCAAUCGCUAUAUGGAGGCAAUAGUGUGGAAGCUAUGUCGCUUACACCCGACAAAUAUUGUGGAGAGAGGACAAAUAGUGCCGAGGUAGACCAUCAUUCAGCAGGCGUAUCGCCGAAUACGAGACCUCAUCCUGGAGAAUCCAGUGAUUAGGCGCGAUACCAGCGUCCAACAUGCUGACAUCAACCAGAGAACUUUGACCCAGUGGUGAGCCACCUUUUGGGAUAGUUUCAAUUUUCAGCACAUACAUAACAGUUAUAUAGGAGUAAAUGACCAAAAAAACUAGCAACAAGAAAUACUGCAUGUCUGUGUUUGUUACCGUUCGUUACACAAUUUGUACAAAUGAUUUUUUCCGCCUUGCAUCUUGCAGGUAUAAUGCCCGGUCCAAGAAAGCGGAACAGCAAGUUCUGGGGUAAGGCGUCAGGAUUCCACUGCCUUCCCUCACUUCUGCAGAGCCUUUGCCUCCAGCUGUUGAGCGACCGAAAGCCCUGAAUGUUGGAGAUGCCCCACAACAUGACUUUGAACUGAAAAGGAACACAGCAGUUACUCCUACAGUAAGGUCUUGACUGAAGCCAGUGCCUGAUGUUGAUCCCUUGAUGACGCAAGCAGGCCGGUUCAAGCCCAUUCUUCCAAAAGGAGAACCUGUGCAGCCUCCUUUGCCUGUGCCCAAAUCCACUCUCUGGUACAGAAAGAAACGAAUGCAGGAGACAGGAGUUGAGUGGCAGGUGAAGAGAAAGCUUGGCAUCACUUAUGGCCAGGAAAAACUUCUUGAGACACACAGACAAUUCUAUUGUCAGUGGUGAUGCCAAGUGAAGACUGCACAGACUGCAGAGGAUGGGGUUUCUAACCAGAUCAGAUUACUUUCAUUGUGUUCAUAGGAAGUUAAGGGUCUCUUAGUUCUAACAUUAAUUUUUGUUAAGAUUUGGUUUCAUUUUUUUGGUAAUUAUAGUAGCAGUUGGCUUAAUUGUACGUGUACGGUAGGUAGCGUCAUCUGCUCACCAUCUAUUGAAACUGUUGGUAGAGUAGGGUUUUUUCCUUCGUGUUUGUAGUUUAUUAAAUUUUUUGGGUUAUAGGGUCAGUUUUGUUUUCUAAUGUAGCGGAAGCGCUGUUUAGGUCAGCAGACAGUGCCUAGUCCCUCCACCCCACACCCCCUUCCACCCCACACAUGGUUGCGCGAGACGGGUAGCAACUGCGGGUGACGUGGUACCCAAGCUGCCCUGUACAAAAAGCGGGCAAAGAGCAGCACCUGCGCCUUUUCUCUCGGUACGGGAACUGGUCCUGCUGGGUAUAGCAGUAAGAACUUCUGAGACUGAGAUAGCGAGAAGUACCAAGGCGCUGUGAAGCAUCUGGUCCGCUGGACAUAGCGGCUCGCGACACUCAGUCUCUUUUCCUUUUUCCCCUCCCUUGGGAGUUGAGCAAGUGAGAAGUACCAUCGUGCCGCAAGGCAUCUGGUCCGCUGGAAAUAGCGGCUCGUGGCACUCAGUCUUUCCCCACCCCUGAGCUAGCGAGAAGUACCUAGGCGCUGCGAAGCAUCUCGUCUGCUGGAAAUAGUGGCUCGCAUCACUCAGCCACCCCACUUAGGUGUUAGGUUUUGGCUAGAUAGGUAGGUUAGAAUAUGUUUGGUAGUUGUUUUGUAUAUCUUGUAAAUAAACUUAUGUCUUCAAACCGUAAGUACUUGUGUAAGCGUGUUAGUGCCAGCGAGUGCUAGUGUGUCGUACGUAUGUCUCUGCCGUGUGAACAUGAGUGAGGUUUGUGUACUGUCCAGGUAUGUAGUCGUGACACAGCAGAAGAGAAAAGAACACGCAGGAAGGUCCAGCGGAAUUGACGCACAGAUUGAAAAGACCCUUUAGUUAGAAAGUAAAGCAGGGUCUUUUGUGGACUCCAUGGUCGGCUGAGUUCGGGUGAGUGUAAUGAUAGGUAAAAAAAAAAAAGAA